AUGACGGUUACUCCAGAAAUUUUGCCUAUUUCUACUUAUUUUGAUAUAAAACAAACUAGUUAUGGGGGUCGUGCAGUAUUUGCAAAUAAAGAAAUUUGUAAGGAUACCAAAGUUUUGGUAUGCGAUCACCCAUUAUCUAGCUUUAUAAGUUAUCCUUUUAGAAAGGAGGUAUGCUGUUAUUGUUUCCAUUAUAACAAUGGAAAAACUUUGAAAUUUAAAAUACCCGAGGCAGAGUUAUGGUUUUGUUCUCAAAAUUGCCUGAUGAGCUUUAAUAAUAUACAAUUUGUUGAUAUAUUAAUUGAUAGUUUUUCAAAAUUAUCGCAGAGAUUUCAACAAUGCAAAAAACGUUUAAACUCAUCUAAUUUUGAUGAACAACAACUUAAUCUAAGUGAUAAAACCGAUGAUGAAAUUCAAGAUUUUAUUGAAGCUAAUUGGAAGAAUAUAAACAAUAUAUGGAUUCCAUCUGUUUCCAACCAUGAUACCAAUUCAGGUACAAAUAUUAUCCAUGUUAAAAAUAAGGCCAACAAAGUAAAUAAUCAACAACAAAAGAAUUUAAGUAAAUGCCCACUGAUCAACGAAGAAGAAUUCACUGAGUCUCGAUUCAUUACACAACUUUUAUUUCACAUGCAAAUAUGUAAUGAAAAUCUGCAUCGGGAGGUAUUUACAAAUUUGCAAUCUAACGAAUUAGAAAUGAUCAAAAGAUUUCCCCCCCUGUUAUUUUCACAAAUUAAAAUAUUUCAAAACUUGUAUAUAAUAUUACCCACUGAAUUGCAAAAAUUUCUAAAUACUGCCACAUUUCGCCAAAUUUUGGGUUCAGAAUAUGCUAAUGCAUUUGGUAUUUGGGAAUUGAGCGAUGCCGACCAGGAUUCCAGAGAAUUAUUUGGCAGUGGCCUAUAUGCUGAGGCUUCAUUUUUCAAUAAUUCAUGUCAACCAAAUUUGGUUAAAACCAGAAAUGGUCAUCAAAUGUUUUUUAAAGUAAUUAAAGAUAUUGAAGCGGGCGAGGAGCUGUGUAUCAAUUAUGGUAAUAAUACAGCCAUGGAUAUUUCUGAACGCCAGAAAUAUUUAUUUGAGAACUGGUUCUUCCAUUGUGCUUGCACAAAGUGUAAGACAGAGUGUUUAAAGCUGUAA